ACUGAUUCUUUUGAAUUAGUCGAGACUGUCUCAAUCUCGAUGGUCCGUAUCGGUUCUCUUAUUUCCACUCCACGCUCGUUGUUAAUCAUCAAAAUUGUGAUUGAAUUAAGAGGCCGAGAUGCUCAACGACGAACGACAUAUUUCCGGAGUUGUAUAUAUAUGUUGUCGUUGAUCGAGUGAGAGAGAGGGAGAAAGACGUCAACCACAAUUGAAGAUCAUUUAUUUUGAGGCACAUUAUCUUCUUCCUUCUUCAAGACGAUGACAUGUCAAACCGUCCGUCGUCGUCAAUAAGUAUAUGUUUGUCGUUCGAAGAAUAGAAGGAAAAACGAAGAUGAUUUUUUUUCUAUAAAUCUCGAAAAAAAAAGAGAGAUUGAUUGAAUACAGCAUAUUUGAUUCGAUUCUCUUCUUAUCUCUCUUUUUCUUUCUCAUCUAUAUAUAUAUACAUUUAUAUAUAUAUAUAUAUGAAUCUAGAUUUUCUCUAUUUUCUUUCCUAGUAAAAAAAAAUCGGCUCAGAGGAUAGAGAAACUAAUGACAUUAAAGAGUUCUACACAGUAAACGAGCAAGCGAGCACGAACGAUCACUUUUGCAGACAAAGAAGGAAGAGAGGGAGAGAGAGAGAACACGAUUUUUGUUGUCCACAUAACUACAUAAAAAGAAUAAAAAAAAACCACAUCGCCUGUUGACGCUCGUUAUGCUUGCUAUUAUUAUUAGUGCCAAUGAGCACAGUAAGCAAUAAACCAUACGCGGCUGCCGCUGAACAGCAUCAUCGUGAUAACAGUCGAAAAUGUCUACGUAUUAUACUUAUUCUUGUCGGUAUUAUUAUUUUGUUGGCUUGCCUUUUUCUUGCUACUGUCAUCUAUAGAACAUUAAAAACAGGCAUUCAGAGGAAAAGUUUAACUACAUUUUCUAGUAAUAAUACUGAGAAUAUUUAUAAUCAAUCUUCAUUUGAAUUUCAAUCAGAACGACGUAAGAAAAAAAUUUUUGUUUAUUUUUUAAAGAAAAGAAAACUUCU